GAUGCGGGCUAUUGCAGCCCUGGUUUUCUAGGUUUCUAUUUUGGUCGUGCGCUGUGUUUUAUUUAUGUUUGCCAUGGGAAAAGAGAGUUGCUAAAAGUGCCUAAAUAAGUGCACCUGGUUCACAAAAGGGCGCUCCAAGCGGUUAGCCCCAGCAACGCGGAAUCGGCACUUGAUUAAAAAAGAAUUUAGAAAAAAAAUUAGUGCAGUUUACGUCGACCAAAAAAAAAACCGAAAAUCGGGCAAUAAAUAGUAAAAAGUGUGCAUCAUUUGCUCUAUAACCAAUUGUGUAUAUUAUAAUAAGGUCGAAUAAGUCGCGCAACCAACGAAACUGGGAAAAAUCAACUAUUAGUCACUUUUCUAUUUUUGCUCAACGAACGACAAGGAACAACAACAAACGGAGCAACAAAUGUUUGUUAAAACGAAGCGCAGCUGAAGUUAAAUCAAUCUAGUGCGGACACGGAUCAGCCCUGAACAAUCCGACAAUGGAUCAGCCACUGGUGGUGCAAGCGGAGUACUCUUUCAUGGGCAGCAACAACGACGAGUUGUGCUUCCAGAAGGGCGAUGUCAUCACGGUUACCCAGCGAGAGGAUGGCGGCUGGUGGGAGGGAACGCUGAACGAUAAGACUGGCUGGUUUCCCAGCAACUACGUCAAUGAAUGCAAGGUGCAGCUGCCUCUUACGGAGACCAUAAGGCCACCGGAGGAGAUCCAGGAGUAUCGAUCUGUAGUGCUUAAGGAUCUGCUUGACUCAGAGCGAGCCCAUGUGGCCGAGCUGCAGGGUCUGCUCGAGAACUUCCUGGAACCCAUGCAACAGACGCAGAUGCUCACUCAAGACGAGUAUGCCCAGCUGAUGUGUAACUUCGUGGAGAUUGUGCGAACGCAUGAGGAUUUGCUCAUCCAGAUCGAGGAGUGUAACGAUCGAGUUGGAAAACUAUUUCUCACUAGCGCCCCCUUGAUGAAGAAGGUCCACCAGGCCUACUGUGCUGCCCAUCCUAAGGCCAUAGUUAUACUGGAUAAAUACAAGGACGAUCUGGAAAAGUAUAUGGAACGACAGGGUGCAGCCACUCCUGGAUUACUUGUGCUCACGACGGGUCUAUCAAAGCCCUUUCGGCGACUGGACAAAUACUCGGCCAUGCUGCAGGAGCUGGAGCGGCAUAUGGAGAGCAGUCAUCCGGAUCGCGGCGACACCCAGCGGAGUGUUGCCGUGUAUAAAGACAUAGCUGCCACCUGCUCGGCCACACGUCGGCAAAAAGAACUGGAGCUGCAAGUGCUCACGGGGCCAGUUCGUGGAUGGCAGGGACAGGAGUUGAGCACUCUUGGAGACAUCAUCCACAUGGGCAGCGUUGCAGUUGGAGCUGAUCAUCGCGAUCGCUACUUUGUGCUCUUCCCACAAACAUUGCUUUUUCUUAGCGUUAGCCAGCGGAUGAGUGCAUUCAUCUAUGAGGGCAAGCUACCCUUAACUGGAAUAAUAGUAAAUCGACUGGAGGAUACGGAUGCCCUCAAAAACGCCUUUGAGAUAAGCAGUCCCCUGAUCGAUCGCAUUGUAGCAGUUUGCCAGGGUCCGAAUGAGGCCAACAAGUGGGUGGAGCUGCUUAAUGCCAACAAUCCCAGCUUGCCAAUGGGCAUAAAACGGCAAUUGAGCAACUUGAGCAACUCUUCGCUAGGACACCUAAAUGCCGCUCAUCUAAGUCAACAUUUGGAUUCACGGGGCUACUGCACGCGAUUCUCGCUAUGUGCCUAUUACUCCAGCCCCCCAUGCCAUGUGCGGCCUCUCCGUUUGACUCUUCCCCCAAGCAACUACCCAGCGACAGCUCCGUACGCCAAUCUUAGUGCUCACUUUGCCAGGCUUGUCAAAGGCGGAGGACUGAGGAGUGCUAUCGUAAAGAUGCUUCUGUAUCCGCAGGCUCGCCAGAGCAUCGACCUCAAGAGGAUUGCGUUGCGCAAAAAGCGUUGUCAUAAGGCAUCUGCAAAGUUAAAAGAUCUCAAUGCCAACCAGGAUUCGGGGCAGUCCGAAUUGGAACGACAGGAUGCAGUUGAACUACCAACAGACUCGGAGAGCUAUGAUGAUGACUUUGAAGAUGAUUUUCUGCAUUCCUGCGACUCGGAUCCGUUUGAAUAUGUGCAGUUUUACCAAAACAAGCGCAAUAAUUCCCUGUGCAACUCCACAGGCACUUUUGUAGACCACGGGACAGGUGCCAGGAGGCACUGUUCCUCUAUUAACCUUAUUAAAUUGGAUUCCGCAGACACGGACGAAGUUUUAGCGCACAACGAGUUGAAAAAGGAGUCCCUUGUUAUAGGAUCGAGGGCCCUUAGAGCUUUGGCUCGAAAAUCGACGGCUCGAAAUUCCAGUGUGCACACAUCAACGGCUACUUUGGAGCUAGGUAUCGGUGGCAGCAUCACAAACUGUGCUGAGGAAGAGCCCAUUUUAAAGGUCAAACCAUCGUUCUCCUUGCAACAACAAAGUUCCGAUGCCAGUUCAAAUUUUGUAGCUAGAUUGGGCGGUGCAUUCACCGCCUGCGAGAAUUUGGCCAGUAUGCCUGAUGAUCUCAGCAGGGAUUCGAGUGUCCAAGAGCCACCCACUCCUCUGCCGGCUUCACCGACAGAAAGGCACAGCAUGCCAACCAUAUUUGUGGGCAAUCGCUUUAAUCACAGCAAGAACACCGAGGUAUAUGUACCAACGUGGCGAGAUCGCCAGGAAAUGCAGAAUCAGAGUGUUGAUGCGCAGCAGGAUGAGGAGUUGCACUCCAGUUCCAUUGAUCUACCCGCCGCUUGUCUAUCUGCUCCAGAUAAACUGCAGGCAGAACUACUUUACAACUACGACGAGAUCUUAGAAAAACCCUUACAGCUCCAUCGUGAACUUACGCCCUUUCCGGACCAUAUUCUUAACUCGGAUAAGCGGGUUUCCCACAAGAGCGACAGUCCAUCAACAGGAAAUCCAAAGACGGAUCCAAAUCUUGCCACAAGAAGUAGUUCCACCACUGAGCUCUGCAUCGAUACCUCCUCAAAAAAGCGCAAUACUCCACCAGAGAGAAACAUGGAUUCCAUUAGACGCUGCAUCAGCUAUCAGUUCUUGCAGAUGUCCAAUAGACCGGCCCCUCCACCACCGCCACGCAGAGAUCCGAAUCUACACUUAGACACCAAAUGCCGCUGCUGCGAAAACUCCCAGUGUCCCAGUCCACGAUCGAGUGACAGCGGAUUGGCUGGCAGCUGCACAAUUACCUCACCGGAUCCGCCCAACCCGGAAUCAUAUUUUCCCAUGGAGGCCGCAGGCUACGAUAUGUUGGAUAAUGUGGAGCCAGAGAGGUUUAAUGUGUGCGGAAUGUUCAGGGAAAAGUUUCUUACUCCGGAGGCCACUCAGGAUGUUGUUGAUCUAUCAGAGGAGCAGCCACAACUAUCUCAACUAGAGGCAUCCACUACCCCUACCAACCGCAAGGAGGAACCUACUUGCAUUAGCUCUGCUCAAGUGCAAGUAAACACGAGGAGUAUUUUUUUGCCCUCCAGCUCGAGCAUGGAUGAGACUAACAGAAAUAGCUCACCCAACAAUAUAUUAUUUAGUUCGAGUUCCGCGGAUCAGUUGGAACCGCAGGCCACCUUUCGCUCGGGAAUGUAUGCGCACUGGUGGAAGAAAGAGCGCCUGCCGCCGGAGGUGGUGCGUGGCAUAGCCCACGCCUACAAUAAGAGCUUGCCCUCCAAGGACUCAAAAGAUUCGGGGUCCGUGUGCUCCAGCUGCUUCUGUUCCCUGGGAGCGAACGGUUACAGCGAGGGCGCACUGUACUGCUCGGUAUGCCAAAACUGUGCGGAUUAUUACAACGGCAGUGUCACUAGCACCACCAAUACGACGACCACCACAUCAUCCUCCAGUUGCCCACUGUGCAGUGAGGACGAAGGCCUGAUUGCCCCCACCCACGACUCUUCCUCGCUCGACUGUCCCAUAUGUGCUGGCCACAUUGCUUCCGGCGCCGAAGAAGAUGUCGCCGCCAUCAAGCCACAUCCUUCUACCACCCGGCGGCCGUCCUCUUGCCACUCCCAGCAGCAUCCCGCCCGGCAGCAGCAGCGGAGGGAGCAACAGCCACCAGGGGUCGCCGGCCACCAACUCGAUGUCGCAUCACAAACGGAGCCAGUCGUUCAACCACCACCUCAGCUACAAUCAGUACACGCCCACUCAGCCUCCACCACAUCAUCUGCAUCCACCACAACCACCAAGUCUGCCAAGUCAUCUGGGGGCAGCCGGCCCCAGAUCAAGUUCAGCCCAGACACCAAACAGCAAGACAGCAGCUCCAAUCCAGGCGUCAUCUAUGGACGCCAGUCCAGUAAUUCAGGCAGCGGCAGCAGCAGCGGCGGCAGCGGUGGGAUUGGGGGUGCCAAGCGCAAGGAAAGGAAGCACAAAGGCUAACUGGACCAUCAGCUGCCUGCGACCCACGCCGCCGUUGCGCCCCAGUUUGUUGAAUGCCACCAGCGGAUCGGGAAGUGGCAGCAGUGGCGGCGGCAGCAGCUCCAGUAAUGCCCUGGCCAGCUACUGCAACGGAAGGAA